AUGGAGGAACCUAUACAACUAUCCAGGAAACAGAUUGUACAUCGAUUUAUCAAGGCAAACAGAAAACGAAUGGGCAAUAUGAACAUCAGAUUACAAUCGAUGCGUUAUUACCUAACAGGACUGGUGGUAUUAGGCACAGUAGUGUUGUUUUUUUUCGUAUUUUCGUCACACCAUGUCCACAACGACCACAACAGUAUUCCCGAUCCGGAAUUCCCGAUUCCGCCAUCGAGUAUGCCGAUGGGUUUGUACAACAAGGUCGGUGUUGUGUCCAACGGCGGACCGUGUGCACAAAUUGGAGUGGACGUGAUGUCGAAUGGAGGAAAUGCCGUUGAUGCAGCAGUAGCUACAAUGUUGUGCGAAGGUGCCCUGUGUCCAGAGUACAUGGGUAUCGGUGGAGGAUUCAUAAUGAGUAUCUACAACGCAUCAACCAAAAAAGUGAUGACAAUCGAUGCCCGUGAAACAGCUCCUGCUGCUGCGACUAUAUCAAUGUUCGUAGAAGAUCCUUUGAAAUCUAUAUACGGAGGAAUGGCGGUUGCAGUUCCAGGGGAACUCAAAGGCUAUUCCACAAUUUAUAAUUUAUACGGUGGUGGCGUUUCGUGGGAAUCGUUAUUUGAACCAACUAUUAAAUUAUGCGAAGAAGGUAUGACGAUCAGUAAACGUCUAGCAAUUAACUUGAAUAAUCACGAAGACUUGAUAAAAAAUGACUUACUGCUCAGAGAAGCUUUUUUUGAUGAAAAAACCGGUCACGUGAAAACCGCCGGGGAACAGUAUAAUUUUCCAAAGUUGGCAGAAACAAUGAAAAUUAUAGCAAAAGAAGGUGUAGAUGCCAUUUACAAUGGUUCGUUAACAUCUAAACUAUUGGAAGAUUUAAAAGAAGUGAAUGGAAUAAUCACAAAAGAAGAUUUAGCCGAUUAUACAAUUGAAAUCAAAGAGUCUUUUCCAGUAAAUUUAAAAAGUGGACAUACAAUACAUGUUGGGCCACCACCUAGUUCUGGUAUCAUAUUGGCAUACAUACUCCGAAUAUUGGAUGGGAUAUUACCAGCACCUGAUAUUGGCUUAGACGCACAUCGAUUUGUGGAAGCUUUCAAAUUUGGGUUUGGGGCAAGAACCCAUUUAGGAGAUCAUAAAUUUGUUAAUGUGUCUCAAAUUUAUGAUAAAGUAAAAUCAGAUAGAUACUUCAAUAAUAUUCGAAAUAAUAUAUCUGAUAGUUUUACUUCGUCAGAUCCAAGAUACUAUGGAGCUGAUUACGAUAUGCCAGAGAAUCAUGGGACUGCUAACAUUGUCGUAACAGAUUCAGAGGGCAAUACUGUUGUAGCUACAAGUACAUUAAAUACUUACUUCGGUUGUGGUUUCAUGUCCCCUAGUACUGGUAUACUUUUAAAUAAUGAAAUGGAUGAUUUUUCUACUCCUGGAGUCAUUAACUAUUAUGGUAUUCCAUCUUCACCUGCCAAUUUUAUCGAACCAGGCAAGCGACCAAUGUCUUCAAUGUGUCCAACUAUAUUUACUGAUAAAAAUGGUGACUUUGUUCUUGGAGUCGGAGCGGCAGGAGGAUCGAAAAUCACUCUUGCUACUGCUUAUGUGUCUGCCCUCAAUUUAUGGUACAAUAAAACAUUAAAAGAAGUGAUAGACCAACCCAGAAUAUACCACCAACUUAUACCUAUGGAAGUACAAUAUGAGUAUGGAACGACUAAGGAUAUAGUAAAUAAACUUAUGGAUAUUGGUCAUCCAGUCAUUAGAUUGGAGAAUGGAGCAUCAGCAGUUACAGCCAUUGCUAAAACUUCUUCAGGGAUGUUUGAAGCUAUGCCAGAUUUCAGACGGCCAGGAAAUUCAUCCGGAUAUUAA